AUGGCGAUGAUGAUGACCGGCCGUGUGCUGCUGGUGUGUGCCCUCUGCGUGCUGUGGUGCGUUGCCGGCGGUGUUUAUGCGAGGGACGUUGACACCAACGCACUGGGUGGCUGCAUGGCGUCGGGAGUGUUGGGUGAGAAUGGAUCCCACAUGCCUGACGGAUGCAAUAAAACUGCGAUUACGGUGCCUUUGCGGUCGGUACUGCCCAUUACUGCCGUCGAAGCCUCGGCUGGAAAAGGUGAUGCUCUCGCACCAAAGAACAAUUCGAAUUCAAGUAAGACUUCCGACGCUGGUGCCUCUGCUGGUGAUGGUUCUGGUGGUGCUACUGGUGCUUCUGGUGGACCUGUUCCUGGCUCUGCUGGUGCUUCUGGUUCUGGUUCUGCUGGCGCUGCCGAGGCUUCUGGUGGCAGUGGAACUUCUACUGGAGGUUCUGGUUCUGGAGGCGGUGGAGGAGGUGGUUCUGCUGGACCUUCUGCUGGCGGUCAAGGCAACGGUGGCAUUUCUCCUGCUUCUUCUGGUCCUGCUGUUGCUCCCUCAGAUCCCCCUGCCGGUUUUCCUUCUGCUCCUGGUGCUCCUCCUCCUCCCGCUCCUCCUUCAGGUCCUGCUCCUGCUGCUCCUGGUGCUGAUUCUUUAGCUGACAGAAUUGGUGGU